UUUUUUUUUUAUUUGUCGAGAAUAUAUGUCCUUGUAGCUGUAGUUUGAGUCAAGCCCAAAAAUAAAUGCAAGAGCAUGCAGUUCCGGCGGUGCGGUUAAAUUUGUCAAAGCAAAAUAAACAAGCGACACUCUAUUGUGUUGAUUUGAAAGAAGGAAACAGGUAAAAUGGAAACAGAGGCUGAUGUCUCAUUUUUUCUGUACGAAAAAAUACAAAACAUGAAAGAAAUCAAGCAACUUUUGAUGAAAGGAGAAUUGAAAGCUGCCGUCGUGAAUCCCGAACUCGUGUACAGCACAGAUGUACUGCUGUUUGCUUCUCACAAAUCUCUGUACAGCUUAAAAUUCAGUCACUUGAAAACGAAAACAAUAUUCACAGAGCUUUUGUACAACUUAUCGCCCACCAGGAGUAUAAGGGAUUCCUUGACAAUGUUCGGCGCCCAGGAUGAUGGCACAACUGCGAUAUUUGUUAUUUUUGGCAAAGAAGAUAGUGAACUUGCGGACAGUUUAAGAAAUUGUAUCAAAGGUUGCCUUGCAAAAAUGGAUAACAUAAUGGCCUUAAGAAAUAUUAGUAAAAUUAAGAAAGUAUAUAAGAUAUCUGAUGAAAUCGAAGACGAAGAAGCCAUUUUUAAUUAUUUGAUAACAAAAAUAGCAAGUAAGGAAGUGCUGCUGUGAAAAUGUAAUAAUUAUUUUUUAUUAUAAAUUUUUUA